UCUCAGGUUAGUGACGUCACACUCGUUCGCGGGAGAAAUUCGAAAGUGGAUUUUGUGCAAUGGGACAGGUGGUAUAAAUGCAUAAGUACUGAUUAUUUUCUGGAUCUAACUAGUUUAUAACUUCAGAAGAAAAAAUGGAAAACCAAGAAUUUAUUGUCCUAUAUACUCAUCAAAAGAUGAAGAAGUCAAAAGUGUGGCAAGAUGGAAUUCUGAAGAUCACUCACUUAGGAAACAAAGCAAUUUUAUAUGAUGACAAAGGAGUAUGUUUGGAAAAUCUAUUUCUUAAGUGUCUUGAGGUGAAACCUGGAGAUGACUUAGAAAGCGAACGAUACUUAAUCACAGUUGAGGAGGUUAAAGUUUCUGGAAGCAAAACUAUUAAACAGAAUAUUAUUAAAGAAGCACCACAGUCAGAUUCAAGGAAGUUCAUAUCCUCUGGCCGGUCUCUUGGAUGUCAGCCUGCUGGUUUAAAAAGAAAGUUUCCUGGUUUUAAAGCACCACGUCAGGUCCCAACAAAAGUGAUUGUUACAGAAAAUGGUGAAUCAGCUGCAUCACUUGAGUCUAAGGAACCUGGCCAUACUUUCUCUUCUCCAUUCAACAGCAUACCUUCUUUGUUUUCUACUGUUGGCAAGAAAGAUAUAAGUACUAUACCAAGAGACCUUGAAAAUAUUGUUACUUAUGAGAACAGAGAGAGAAAUAGCAUGUCUUUGUCUUCAGUUGUCUCUACUUCAUCCUUCAUGAUUAACCCAGAAAUGCUAGGUGAAAAAAAUUAUUUUUGUUCUCCUGUCAGUACUGGAAGUCAGCAUUCAGACUCUUCACUGAACAAUGAACCCCUAAGAAGAGACAAUUUGGCAUCUCACUAUCCAGGAGUUUCACAAAAUAUUAGAAGUAAAGCCCAGAUAUUAGCUCUUUUGAAAUCUAAGUCAACCAAUAUGCAUAAGGACCUAAAUUCUGAGAUGACAAGACAUGUACCUCAGGUACAGCCACAAGGAAAUUUAAACAUUCCUGUGAACCCAAAGUGCUUAAUUCAACCGGAAGCAUGUGCUGAGAUGAAGAGCACAGAAAAUUUAUAUGACCAGCAUCAAUCAGAAAAUACCAUGAGAAAUAAAAGCCGGUGGGCCAUGUAUUUAUCCUCACAGAGUUCACCCGUACAUCCCUCUACUAUAGGUGAGAGCGAUGUAAAAAGGGAACCUAAAGCUUGUGAGGAUGAUAUGAGUUUGAAUUUGAAAGACCUUUUGGUACAAAAAAGGAUGCGGAACUUUGAAACGUGUGAUGAAAAGGGAAAUGAAGUCCAGCUAGUAGAUGAUACCUAUCAAUCCUGGAAUCAGGAAGAAAAAGUAGAAAUACUUUCUUUCUGUGAAAGCAGCAGCUUACUGGGUAGUUGUAGCAGUGCAGAUAAUGAUGGGUUAUUAUCAGAAUCUUACAUUCAAGGAAAUAAUAAAAUACCUGUUAAUCAAAGUGACAAGAUAUGCUUGGAAGGAUCAGUUUGCAUUGGAGAAAGUGCUCAGGUUGUCAAUACAGGUACAACACAACAGGAGCAUAAUCAACCAGUGCCAUCUCUGCUGGAAUCAGAACAUCUACAGAUCGAAUCUUCUCUAAGUAACAAUUCUCAGAUCUCUGAUGGCAUUGCAGAUGUGCUUUCUAAAAGUAGUAGUGAUAGUGAAAGUCUAAAUAAUGUUCAUGAAUCUAUAAGUAAUGUAACAGGACCAUUUUUGGAGAUAAAUUUUAAUCUGAGCAAUUUUGAGACCAGUGACACAGAAGAGGAAUCACAGGAAAACAAAAUUUCCCAGGAUUCAGAGAGAUGGGUAAAGGAAAUUUUGUCUCACGAUGGCAAUUUAUGUGUUCAAAAGAAAAGUGAGGAUACAAGCUGUCAAGAAAUUGGCAGUGUAUGUUUGCCACUCUUAACAUCUAUUGAUAGCAAACCUACAGAGAUAUUUCCUAUUAAAGAGACUGUAUCACAGUUUUGUGAUAAAACUUGUGUGGGUUUUGACAUGGGGCCUUAUAAAGAUAGAAACACUGGAAAAGAAAUAGAGGAAGAAUAUAGUGACACAUUAAGCAAUUUUGACUCAUCUUUAGAAUGGAAUGAUGAUGUAUAUGUAUAUAAUAAAGAAGAUGCUAAUAAAUCUAUCAAAAAAAUUGGAAUUAACUAUGAUUUUGCUUCACUUUCAGAUAAGUCAAAAGGUAUAAACAUGAAUUUACAUUUUCCUCAAGUUUUAGACAUAUUCACUAAUCAGAGUCCUAAAAAUGGUGCCCUAUUCUCAGAAAAUGUUCAACCUCAGACUUUUAUUUUGAGAAGUGACAUAGACAAAAAUGAGGAGCAGAUUUUACUCCCAGCUUCUAGCAGUGAUGAAAGUAUCCAACUAUUAAAUUCCAAUCAGGAUCACUGUGAACGUGUUGCACUUGAUAGAUCAGAUAUCCAAGAUUCUAAUUCUUUGUUUUAUCCUCUGGGAAAAAAACAUUCUAUUUUAAAAGACUAUGAAGUAUAUAUUCCUGAAUCUGAAGACUUGGGAGGAAUUAGAAAGUUACCCCAAGACCAUGUUGAAGUUGCAAUUGCCAGAAAAAGCAAACAAUCCUGGAAUAAUUCUAGAAAUUCUUCAGAACUUUCUGGGGUAAUAAAUAACAUUUCUCUUUUAAAGUCACUGUCUGAACACAGUACAGCUUUAGAAAGCUUGGAAACACUGAAAAAGAAAAAUACUGGCUUUCAACAACAAAGAAUUCAGCAGACAUAUGAUCCAGAUUGCAGUCCUGAAGCUAGGAAACCAUUUGCUAUAGGAGUUUCAAAAACAAUACCAAAGUCUCCUGAUCGGAAGCAGGAUUCUCAACAGAUACUAAAAGAAGAUGAAGUUGAACCAAGUGAACCAUUUCCGUCUCUGCAGCCUGUUGAGUUUCAAGGACACCAACUGAAAGGAUCAGCUACUAGUGGUGUAAUGGUCAGAGGAAAGAGCUCACAGCUAGUAUACAGCCAGUUUCCAGAUAGCAUGGAAUAUCAAAACUUCAUGCCAGAUACUUGUUUUUUGACACCAGAGUUGCCUAGCUCUUGUAUGCAUACUGACUUCUUGCAGGUGAAGUCACCAGAACAAAAGUUCUCUACAUUGAGUCCUGUUUCUACUUUUUCUUUGAACUCAAGAAAUGAAGAUGUUCUAAAAUUCUCUGAAGAGUCCCUGAAAGCAAGAACUUUACCUGGAAUGAAAAAAAUGAGUUCUCUGAAGAAUAAAAACCUUCAACAGCUCCCAUUAGAAGAGUCAGCAGUUUUUUCCUUUAGCUUUGGGUCUGAGGACCAAAGUGAAACUUUCUCUGAAGAAGCUAUGAAAAUGACUCCAGGGGAUGUUUCACUGCUCAAUACAAAGUCUCAAAGCAAGUGGCUAAAAUAUGAAAAUACAUCCCAAUGUAACUUGACUACUCCAAACAGAGUUGAUCUAGGAACGGAUGGCUUCUUCACUGAGGCUAUUUCUGGGAUGCAUUUUAGUGACUGCUGUGAAGGACAGAGUGAGGCUCUGAAUGAAAGUUCUUUAGACUCUGUGCAUUUGCAAAUGAUAAAAGGCAUGCUCUAUCAACAGCAGCAAGGUUUUAGCAGUCAAGAUUUGGUUUCCAGAAAGAAUGCACUUUCUUUGAGUUUAAAGCAGACUUCCAAAUCUGAGGAGGCUCAAAAUGUGUUAGGAAAGUCCACCUGCUACAACUAUAGUGCACAGGAUUUACAGGAGAUAAACCGCUCGGAGCUAUGCUUCCCAAGUGGACAAAAAGUAAAAUGUGCUUAUCUUCCCAAAAGGCAGAUUCACAUACCAACUGUUUUUCAGUCUCCAGCUGAUUAUAAGCAAACCUUUACCUCUUGCAUCAUAGAACAUCUAAAUAUAUUGCUGUUUGAGUUGGCACAAAGGUUAUACAAAGCUCUUUCAAAAGUUGACAUAUCGUUUUACACAUCAUUGAAAGGAGAGAAAAUGAAAACUGUAGAAAAUAAUUUGCCAUCCUGUCAUCAUGAUCAACCUGCAAAACUUGUCAUGGUUAAAAAGGAAGGUCCAAAUAAGGGUCGUCUCUUUUAUACAUGUGAUAGACCCAAAGCGGAUCAAUGUAAAUUUUUCAAGUGGCUUGAGGAAGUAACUCCUGGAUGGUUAACACAGGAAGAGUCUCAACCCAGCAUGGUUUUAAAUGAUAUUAAGAGUAUUGCCUUGUAUUUAAGAAGUCAAAAGAUACCACUCUAUGAGGAAUGCCAUCUUUUGGUGAGGAAAGGGUUUGAUUUUCAGAGAAAACAGUAUGGCAAACUAAAAAAGUUUACUGCUGUAAAUCCUGAAUUUUAUAGUGAACAGAAAAGCAAACUUUAUCUUAAAUUGAGUCGGAAAGAAGGUUCUUCGGUUUAUAGCAAAGAUGAUCUUUGGGUGAUUUCAAAAACCCUAGACUUUGAACUGGAUACUUUUAUUGCAUGCAGUGCUUUCUUUGGACCAUCAUCUCUCAAUGAGGUGGAGCUACUGCCCUUGAAAGGUUAUUUCCCUUCUAAUUGGCCUACUAACACAGUGGUCCAUGCAUUAUUAGUUUGUAAUGCCAGCACAGAGCUGACGACUUUGAAAAAUAUUCAGGACUACUUUAAUCCAGCUGCUUUACCUCUAAUGCCAUAUUUGUUAACAAUGUCUCCGUCAACUACAGUUAGCAACAAGAGAGAAAAUAAGAGAAAAUUUAUCCCACCAGCCUUUGCAAAAAUCAAUACAAAAUUUGAACUACUUAGCCUGGGAGAAACAUUGCAGUUAGCUAGUGAGUUAAUUCAGACACACAAGUUAAACAAGGACCAAGCUACAGCUCUAAUUCAGAUAGCUCAAAUGAUGGCAUCCCAUGAAAGUGUUGAAGAAGGGAAGGAACUGCACACCCAUACCCUCCCUAUCACAGUCAUACAUGGUGUUUUUGGAGCAGGGAAGAGUUAUUUGCUGGCGGUGGUGAUUUUGUUCUUUGUACAACUAUUUGAAAAGACUGAAGCUCUUACAGUUGCAAAUGCAAGGCCAUGGAAACUUCUGAUUUCUUCUUCCACUAAUGUAGCUGUUGACAGAGUACUUCUUGGCCUUCUCAACCUUGGAUUUGAAAAGUUUAUCAGAGUUGGGAGUGUAAGAAAGAUUGCCAAACCAAUUUUACCUUAUAGCUUGCAUGCUGGUUCAGAAAAUGAAAAUGAACAGUUAAAAGAACUACAUGCACUAAUGAAAGAAGAUCUAACCCCUGUGGAAAGAGUCUAUGUAAGAAAAAGUAUUGAGCAGCAUAAACUGGGGACCAACAAAACCCUGCUGAAGCAGGUUCGAGUAGUUGGAGUUACCUGUGCAGCCUGCCCAUUCCCAUGCAUGAAUGACCUUCAGUUCCCUGUGGUUGUGCUGGAUGAGUGUAGUCAAAUAACAGAACCAGCCUCUCUCCUUCCCAUUGCAAGGUUUAAAUGUGAAAAGCUGAUUCUUGUUGGAGACCCCAAACAGCUGCCUCCUACUAUUCAAGGUUCUGAUGCAGUUCAUGAAAAUGGAUUGGAACAAACUCUUUUUGAUCGACUUUGUAUAAUGGGUCAUAAGCCAAUUCUGUUGAGAACCCAGUAUCGUUGUCAUCCUGCAAUCAGUGCUAUUGCCAAUGAUCUAUUUUAUGAAGGAAACCUCUUGAAUGGCAUUUCAGAGAUAGAGAGGAGCCCUUUAUUGGAGUGGCUACCCACCCUGUGUUUUUAUAAUGUUAAAGGACUGGAACAGAUUGAAAAAGAUAACAGCUUUCAUAAUGUGGCAGAAGCUGCUUUUACUCUCAAGUUGAUUCAAUCAUUGAUAGCAAGUGGAAUCGCCAGCCCUAUGAUUGGAGUGAUAACAUUAUACAAAUCCCAGAUGUACAAGCUCUGUCAUUUACUCAAUGCUGUGGACUUUGACCAUCCUAAUAUUAAAAGUGUGCAGGUAUCCACAGUAGAUGCUUUCCAGGGCGCUGAAAAGGAGAUCAUUAUUCUUUCCUGUGUAAGGACAAGACAAGUAGGAUUCAUUGAUUCAGAAAAACGAAUGAAUGUUGCACUGACCAGAGGAAGGAGGCAUUUGUUGAUUGUGGGAAAUUUAGUCUGUUUGAGAAAAAACCGACUAUGGGGGCGUGUGAUCCAACAUUGUGAAGGAAGUGAAAAUGGAUUACAACAUGCAAGCCAGUGUGAACCCCACCUAAACAAGCUGCUUAAAGAUUAUUUUGAAAAACAAGCAGAAGAAAAACGGAGUAAAAAGACUGAAAAAGAAAAAUCUAAAGAUAAAUCUCAUUCACAAAAAGACAUAAUUUAGGAAUUUUGUAUUUAUGUAAAUUGAUUCAUUUU